AUGAAUCACAACAACAUGAAUUAUUGUAUGAAAUGUCUCUCGGUUCUGAUGCUCGGAAUGUCACUUGUCAUUUUGUUGUUGAGCAGUCCAGCAAUUGUUCAUGGACAACGACCAUAUUCUUCUCCAUCAAAAACUGAAGUCUCAUCAGUGCCACUAUUUCCAACAGAUCAAGCAUUACCGAAAUCAUAUGCAGGAAAUUUGCCUGUAAGAAACGGACAGGAUCGAUUGUUUUAUUGGUAUUUUGAAAGUUCCGAUAAAACAGCCCAAGAUUUGAUCGUAGUUUUGAAUGGAGGACCAGCGUGUUAUUUUGCUGAAUUGCUUUUUAUGGGAAAUGGAGUUUUCAGUAUUGAAGGAGAUUUAGUGAGCGGAAAAGCAACAAAGGUCACACUCAACAGCAAAUCAUUUCAUCACUUUGCUCAUGUUCUUUAUAUUGACUCACCACUUGGAACAGGUUUCAGUCAAUUCUCAGCAACUUCUUCAGAUAUUGACUCGUACGCAAAAUCCAUGUUUCCAAGUAAUCCAUUAAGAGAAAAAUCAAAAUUCCCAGGAGCUACCAAAUACGUCGUUCAAGACAUUCAAGAUGCAUUGUUUGGAUUUUCCACAAUUUUCCCAAAUUUAUCCUCACUUCGAUUGCAUAUUUUUGCAAUGGGUUACUCUGCAAAAGUAGUUCCCUAUCUCGUACAACAGAAUUUACCAUCUGCUGGAAAUCCUAAAAAACUCAAAAUUUCUAGCGUUAUUUUGGGCAAUCCAUUUGUACAACCUUCACUUCAAUAUGCAUCCUAUGCCAAGUACGGAUAUAUUUCUGGAUUGACCAUGUAUCGACAAUUUGUAGAAAUGAAUCGACAAUAUGAACAAUGUCUGACCGAUGUGGAGAAUGGAGAUUAUACUCGAUAUGACAAGGAAUGUCACGGAUUGAUUGAAGGAUUACUUGUCAACUCUGGAAAUGUGUCACCUUUUAACAUUCGUGAACAAACAACUCAAGAAUAUGUUCAAAGACAGAAUUUGUUAAAUUCCUAUGUGAACAACAAUUUAUUUGACAUGUUGAAAGGACUCGCCUCCAUUCCAUCCAAAGUCAAUAUUCCUCACUGCAGUAAGAAGGUCAAUGAUUUAUUCCACGAAGAAUAUCAUUUGGAUCUCCCACAAGAACUCUUUCCAGCUCUCCUUAAUGAAAAAUCAAUCAUCACUCCAAAUUAUGCGAGAUCGGCUGUUCGAUUUUUAGUCUACAGUGAACAAUUUAAUUUAGUCAGCAAUGUCUUUGGUGUGAAUGAAUUUUUGAGACAAAUGUUAAAUUGGGAUGGUCAAGUCUAUUUCAAUAACAUCAAUUCGACCAUUUUUAGAGUCGAUGGACUUGUCUCUGGAAGAUUUAAAUCCUAUGGAGGUUUAACACAAGUCGUGUUGUACAAUACCAAUUACAGGGAAGGAAUGCAAGAUAAUCCUAAUUUUGGAUCAACCAUUUACACCAAUACCAAUGUAGACAUGGUAAGCUCAAAAUUCGAAAUGGUUCGACGUUUCAUCACUCGGCAAAGCACUGACGAUCUUAGAGAUGAUCGAAAUAAUUUGUGUUCAGACUCUGAUGCAGUGUGUCAUUCCACAGUUCAAUAUCCAUGUCCCAAUAGUUGUUCCAAUCGAGGAUCUUGUAAUUUAACGACUAGUAGUUGUGAGUGCAAUGCCAAUUUUCAUGACAAUGAUUGUUCUGUGGCACGAUUACGAUAUUCCAUUGAUCAACUCGCCCAAACGGUUUCCUUCCCUAAUUUAUUUAUUUCUGGAAGAGAUACCAUUGUGUUUGAAAUUGAAAUUCAAGAACGUACUUCUUUAUUGGAUAUUUAUUUGGAUGUGGCUCGAAAGGGAGAUUUUGGAACACCUUUUGUUUUUCUCAAUGUUUCUACUAGACAAGAUGCACUCUCGAGUCGAGAAUUGAAAAAUUUAGCCAUGCAACAAAUUGGCUACAAUCUCUUGAAUGGUUAUAAGAGUACAAGAUCUGAAGCUCAGGCCAGUCAUGCACACUUCUUUUUCACACGUUACAAAUCCUUCCAAUUUUUUAACACUUCUCAUGAACCAAACAAAGUCAUUGAUGCACAAGAUGUUGAAAUUCGAAGAAAUGAAUUUCACACACUUGCCAUUGUGAUUUACAAUUCAGCAGACAUGCCAGUGGAAUUUAAUGUCACACUUCGAGCUUCUCCUGCGAGUGGAAAAGUGGAAUUGGCAGGAAUAUUCUUUUCCUUGAGUGUGGUCCUGUGCAUGAUUGUGGUAUUUGAAAUUGUUCUCAUUUAUCAACGAAUGAAUAAUCGAAAAUUAUUUAUGAAAAGUGCAACACAUCGACAAGAUAUUCCAAUGAGAGAUGUUCAAAGAGAAGGUCUUUUGAAUAGUCAUAGUGAGGAUGAUGAUGAUGAUGAGGACGAUAAUGAUGUAUUAAACAAAUAA